AUGCGUGACGACGACGGCCGGCCGACGGUGACAACGAUGCUGCUGGAGCACGUGCUGCCCAGCCCCACAGGACGAGACUGCCACGAGCACAUGACACAACAACCCGUGAUCUUUCCAGGCUCUCCGGUCUGGCAGAACACUCCGCCAAAGCACUCCAUGCACAACCGAGGAGGUCGGCACCGCUCGCACGAUCGACACAAGAGUGCGAUCCAGCGACCCACUCCUGCGCGCGCAGACGUCAAGGGCGACGAGUGGGAGUACGUUGUGGUGUUUGUCCUGGUGGGGGUGCUCUGGGCAAUCGGAGUCUGCGUCGCCCUCUACAUUUUGCGCUUUCCGUUUCGCGUGUACUGUGUCCAGGCGACGCUGAUUGUAUUUGCGCCGCUCAUGCCGCUCUACUGGAUCGUGCAGCAAUUGUUUCGGUGUGCUAGUCGCAUUCGAUCGACGAUGGACGAUGCGGCGGACAUAAAACGACGUAGAUGA